AGCAGUUCCCAAAGCAGUUGUCAAUUUCUUUCUAUUUAAUGUAAAAGGCCCAAAGAGAAUAACAAGAGAAUCGAAUUAAUAAACAAAUCUCGAUUCUGACCGUUUCUAGCGUUGGCUUCUUCCCCGAUCAUCAUCAUUCCACCGAUUCUCUUUGUGUCGAUCUUGGAAUCAUCAUGGGCAAUGUAACCGGUGGAAUGCGCCGAGAUCCGCCGCCGCACACAAACCCUAAUCAUCCUCCGUUGCAGUAUUACCAGUACCAGGGCUAUUAUCCACACCACAAUCCUCAAGGAGCCAUAAACCCUCAGGUUGCUUACGUCGAGCACCAGGAAGCUGUGACUAUAAAGAACGACGUCAAUUUGAACAAGGACACCUUGAGAUUCGAGCCCGAUGAAUCAAACCCCGGCAAGUUCCUGCUCUCCUUCACCUUCGACGCCAAUGUCUCCGGAAGCAUCACUGUGAUGUUCUUUGCUAUAGAAGGCAAAGACUGUGACUUGAUUGCUACUAAGGCGGAUCUGUUUCCAUCUACAACUGUUAGUUUCCCCAAGGGUCUUGGACAGAAGUUCAAGCAGCCCUUUGGAACAGGGAUUGAGCUGUCUGCUUUAUCAGAGGCUGAGUUGGCUGAGGCGAACGAGUCUGAUGUGUAUCAUGUGGCGGUGAAGGCAGAGGCGUCGUCAGCUUCAUCAGAAGAUGAUACUGAGGCGAAAACGCCGAAUCGUCAGAUAACUCAUGCGGUUUUGGACAAGGACAAAGGCGAGUACAAGGCUAAAGUGGUGAAGCAGGUCUUGUGGGUGAAUGGGAGUAAGUAUGUUCUUCAGGAGAUUUACGGGAUUGGUAAUACAGUUGAUGGUAGUGGUGAAGAUGAAACAGAGAGUGGUAAAGAAUGUGUGAUUUGCUUGACUGAGCCACGAGACACCACUGUUCUCCCUUGCAGGCACAUGUGUAUGUGUAGCGGUUGCGCAAAGCUUUUGAGGUUUCAGACAAACCUUUGUCCAAUCUGUAGACAACCAGUGAAUAGGCUUUUGGAGAUUACUGUCAACACCAAUGUCUCCAACAACUGAGCUCUGCCACGUUUGUACAUAGUCAGUUUCUCAAUGUUGUUGCUUUGUGGUGGAUAUGGAGUCGUUGAAAAACUCAUGUUACUGACUACAUAUGUCCAAAUGACACUUUUAAUUCUAGUUUUUGUUCCAAGUG